AUGGCUCAUGGUCGACGCGGUGUCACCUUGGAGUCUUCAAACUCUUCAGAACCAGACUUUUCUUCAGCGUCAUUGCCGCGUAAAGCUUCUCCAACUCCUCCAGUAGAGAAUUCUGCUCCCAGUGUUGAGUCCUUGAAAGACACAAAACGUGAGCGUAAGCUGUCAAAUACUAAUGAUAGCGAUAACGACAACGACAACGACAACGACAACGACAACGACAACGACAACGACAACGACAACGACAACGACAACAAAUCGAAGAGUUCACAAUCGAAAAGAAAGGAUGUCAGAAAUGAGGAGCCAAGCCACCCAGAACACCUCCAGGAUCUAGGAGAGAUGUGCAACACUGAAGUCAAACAAGUCGCCAUUAUUGCUAUUCGCGCGACUGAUCUCACUCAUGGUCUCCGACGGAUCCCCGCUGGCUUCCAUGUGGUAAUAAAGACUGACGGUGUUGAAUACCAAACGAGCAACAAACCAAUACACGUAAAUCAGGCUGCCGUUGAAUGGAAUGAGCCCAUACUUUUGCCGUGCGAGCCAUCUUGUACAGUUUGGGUCAGCGUACAUGCGUCAGUUGAGUUUGGUCCCAUGCUCGGUCAUGGAGAGGUCCUUCGCACAUUCGAGAUAUCCAUCAGGGAACUACUGGAUCGCAGCGAAAAAUCGCAUCCCAUAAUCUUCCAGCCCAAGCAGGGGGAAGUCGUAUCCCCGUGUACUUCACUGUUAAUGACACUGGAGCAGCGAUUUUCUGAUGAAAACGAUGCCGUAGUUCUUUGCCCCGUUAGUACCGUUACAUCCGAUGACAUUGAUGUGUUAGUACUAGAGACGGACGCCGGACACAGUCUUCUCGCGCAAUAUCGCAGGACGCAGAACAGUAGUGAUCUUGACCAAUCCAUAAAACACUUUGAACGUGCUUCGGAUCUCUGCCCCUUGGACCAUCCUUACCGCCCUGCGGCACUGUUCAAUCUGGCCACCGCGAAGCUUGUUCAUUGCCAAGCUAACGGAACAUACCUCGACCUCGACAUACCUAUCAAUCUAUUACAAGAUACUCUUUAUUUACGUCCCACUGGUCAUCCAGACCGUCACAUCACCCAGCUCCAUCUUGCAAUUGCUCUGCUGUCUUGCUUUACAAAACGGAGAUUUGAGACGGAUGCUCAUGCGGCUGCAGAGUUACUGAGCGAAAUCCUAUUUGUCUGCCAUGCCGACAGCCACAUUUACAGAGCAGCUUUCAUUGCGUUCAAAACAUUCACUCAGCAUUCGGCUCGAAGCACUGCUGCAAACAAUCCUGUGCAGGAACGGUCUGCUGCAUCCAUGCAUCCAUUAUCGCCUAAUCAACUUGCUGAUCGAGCCAAUCGAUGUUUGCGCAUAGAUAAUCCUCAUGCCUUAGAUGAAGUGAUAUCUCUUCACUACAAUGCACUGGGAUACUAUAACACCAUGCAUAAUUGCCGGGGACAAUUGCUUUGCAAUCUGGGUACAAUGCUGCGUACUCGGUUCCAGCAUCGAGGCGAUGCAGAAGACUUGGAUCAGGCUAUCACCUUUCUGAGUGAAGCACUGGCUUUGAGCCCUGUCGGUCAUGCACAUCGGUCCUCAUCGUUGAAUAAUCUUGCAGUUUCACUCUCCUCCCGCUUUGAUAACCAAGGCAACGACAAAGACUUGGAUGAGGCCAUUGCACUUCUCAGGGAAGCGCUGGUUUUGUGCCCGGUCGAUCACACACAUCGAUCCGGGACAUUAAAUAACCUUGCAACUCGCCUCUUCUCCCGCUUUCAUCACCGAGGCCAUGUCGAAGAUUUGGAUGAGGCUAUUGCACUUCAGAGUGAAGCGCUUACUUUGCGCCCGGUUGGUCAUGCGGAUCGGUACAUGCCAUUACACAAUCUUGCGACUCAACUCUCCUCCCGCUUUAAGCACCGGGGCAACGACAAAGACUUGGACGAGGCUAUCACACUUUACAAAGAAGCGCUGGCUUUGUGCCCGGUCGGUCACAUAGGCCGGUCCGUGCCCUUAAACCACCUUGCGAAUGGACUCUCCACCCGCUUUGACCACCAUGGCAAUGUCGAAGACUUAGAUGCAGCUAUCGCGCUUCACAAGGAAGCGCUGGCUUUGUGCCCAGUCGGUCACAUUCAUCGGUCCGGGUCAUUAAAUGACCUUGCAAGUCAACUCUCUACCCGCUUUGAGCACCGUGGUAACGGCGAAGACUUGGAUGAUGCUAUUACGCUUUACAAGGAAGCGCUGGCUUUGCGUCCUGUCGGUCACACAGGACGGCCUGUGAUAUUAAAUACCCUUGCAAAUGGACUCUCCGUCCGUUUUCGUCACCGAGGCCAUGUCGAAGACUUGGACAACGCUAUCGCACUUCACAGGGAGGCGCUAACUUUAAGCCCUAUUGGUCACACAAAUCAACCCUCAUCAUUGGCUUACCUUGCGAAUGGACUCUCUGACUGCUUUCACCACCGAGGCAAUGACCAAGACUUGGAUGAGGCCAUUGCACUUCUCAAGGAGGUGCUGGCUUUGCACCCUGUCGGUCACACACAUCGGUCCUCAUCAUUGAAUAAUCUUGCAGUUUCACUGUCCACCCGCUUUCAUCACAAAGGCAACGAUGAAGACUUAGAUGACGCUAUUGCACUUCACAUGCAAGCCCUGGCUUUGCGUCCUGUCGGCCACACACAUCGGGCCGGGACAUUAAAUAACCUUGCGACUCAACUUUCCUCCCGCUUUGACCACCGAGGCAAUGACGAAGACUUGGAUGAGGCUAUUGUACUUCACAGAGAAGCGCUAGCUUUGCACCCUGUCAGUCACACAGAUUGUCCUGCGUCAUUAAAUAACCUUGCAAAUGGACUCUCCACUCGCUUUGACCACCGAGACAACAGCAAAGACUUAGAUGAGGCUAUUACGCUUCACGAAGAAGCGCUUGCUCUGUGUCCUGUUGGUCACACAGAUAGGCCUAUUGCAUUAAAUAGCCUUGCGAACCGACUCUCCACCCGCUUUGAGCACCAAGGAGACGAUGAAGACCUAGAUAACGCUAUUGCGCUUCACAGGGAAGCGCUAGCUUUGCGCCCCGUCGGUCACGCAAAUCGGUCGGCAUCAUUGAAUAAUCUUUCAGCUCGGCUUUCCACCCGCUUUGAGCAGCAAGGCGACGAUAAAGACUUGGAUGAGGCCGUUGCACUUCUCAGGGAAGCACUGGCUUUGUGCCCUGUCGGUCACACAAAUCGGUCUGCGUCCCUACGUAAUCUUGCGGAUCAACUCUCAACCCGCUUUCAUCACCGACGCAAUAGAGAAGACCUCAAUGAGUCGCAAGAGAAUCUCUGCUGCGCAUUGACUCUGUUGAUGCAACAUGAUCCUCGUCAAUUAGAAGUUCAUGCUUCGCUAGCUACGGUCUAUCUGUUGUUCCAUGAGAAUCGAUCAGGACUUGAUGGCACUGGCUCGGACGAAGAUACCGACAGUCUAAAUGCUGCCAUGAAUCAUCUCAAGGCAGCAGUAAACAUCAUCCCUGGAGGUUUGCUUUCCCGCCUGCGAGCAAGUUUACGCUGGGUGCGCCUUGCUAGUCGACAUUCACACAGUACCCAACUGGAGGCUUAUGAGGCUUGCAUGCAACUUCUGGACGCUUACAUGUCUGUAACGGCCUCGGUAUCGUCUCGUCAUGAUGCCAUAAAGGAAUUCCCAUCACUUUCCGUGGAUGCUGCAUCGUGUGCUCUUCGUAGUGGUGAUGUGGUUCGCGCUGUUGAGCUGUUAGAACAAGGCAGAACUGUCAUAUGGACCCAGAUGACACGACUCCGCACGCCUCUUGAGAGCCUCCAGACUCGCGGAGAUCAUGCAGUAGUCCUGGAGAAGAGAUUCAGAGAUCUCAGCUCCCUUCUUGAUAAACCUCCUGCAAGCCAUCCAGAAGGAACCCCAAGAGUCGAUGUAGAAGCAGAAGACACCCGGUACAGACGUCUUGUGGAUGGCUGGAAUGGAACUGUAGAAGAGAUCCGGAAGAUCGAGGGCUUCUCUCGCUUCCUACUUUCCCCCUUGUUCUCCGAUCUUCAAGAUGCAGCUUGUGACGGGCCCAUCGUCGUGCUCGUCGCAAGCAAAUCGUCUUGCGAUGCCAUUGUUAUCCCGCACAAGCAACCUCCGACUAGCAUUCAACUCCCUACCGAUUUUGACAAAGUCUCCAGAUUGGUGCUCGCACUCCGAGAGGCAAUUAAUAAAGAGGCCGGCCCCAAAGGGAGUCAACCAGCGCUGAUAAAAUGUUUGAGGAAGUUGUGGGACAUGGUCAUCCGCCCGGUGGUCGAGAAUCUGAACGGAUUUGCACGACGAGGUUCUCGAAUAUGGUGGUGCCCGACAUCCCUCUUCAAUUUCUUGCCGUUGCACGCUGCUGGCGAGUACAGGGCAAAUGGAGAGUCCCUUUCGCAGCAAUACACCUCUUCAUACACGCCAUCGCUUACCGCGCUGAUCAGGGCUCGCAGAAGUCAUGACAGCUCACAGUUGGUGCCCUUCGCUGCCAUUGGCCAGGAUUUCCCCGCUGGUGCUUCGUUCACUUUGGAUUGUGUGGAGCCUGAGCUAGAAUUGGUGCGGAGUCUCUUGCCUCAAACUGUUUCCUUCACCAAGGUAAUGAGCGUUGAUGCAACAAAAUCGAGAGCACUACACGCAUUGCGAGAUAAUAGCUGGCUCCAUUUCGCGUGUCAUGGAACACAAAAUUAUGACGAACCUUUCAAUUCUGCCUUUCUCAUGCGCGACCAGCCUCUUUCCCUCCUUGAUAUCACCCAAAUGGAUCUCUCUCAGCAUCAAUUUGCAUUCCUUUCUGCCUGUGAAACCGCGGUCGGUGACUCUAAAACGCCUGACGAGGUGAUACACCUAGCGGCUGGCCUGCAAUUUGCUGGGGUCAAAAGUGUCAUUGGGACAUUAUGGAAGGUUAACGAUAAUACUGUGCAGCGCUUAGUCGAGGCAUUCUACAAGAACAUGUGCGGGGAUGGCGCAAUGAAAUCGAAGCGGGCUGCCCGAGCGCUGCACCGAGCGAUGCAGUCGUUGGCUUGUGACAAGGAAAUUCCAUUAGACCAGCGCAUAGUAUUCAUGCAUAUUGGCAUAUGA